AUGCCAUCAAUAUCUGAUCUAGAUCAUGAAAACCCAGUUGGUUUAUCAUCAAAGCAAAUUCAAUCAAUUGCAAUAAUUGGAGGUGGAGCAUCUGCUGCAAUUAUUUUAGAUACUUUAUUGAAAGAACCAGAUUCAAAUAUCAGAAAAAUAGUAAUCUAUGAAAGACAAGAUAAAUUGGGUGGAGUUUGGUAUCUUAAUCCACAAACUAUCAAAACUCCAAAUCAUAUAAUUAAAUCUGGAAAUAUAAAUUUUGAAAAUGAUCCUCAAUUAGCCAAUCCUUUUCAUGAUGCCGAGGAACUAACUAAUGAGAUACGCUUACCAAGAAAUAAUCAAGAAAGAUUUCUUCAAACACCUAGUUAUCAUGGCAUAAAAACAAAUAUUAUUGAAAAUAUGAUGACAUAUAGUGACAAUAGAAACUGGGGUGUAGAGGGAAACGAUAGAGAUGGUAAGUAUGUGGUUGGAACUGUUGUCCAAAAAUAUAUUGAAAGUUAUGUGAAUCAAAAUUUAAACAACUCAAAAGUUAAAUUGAGUUUAAAUUCUACAGUAGAGGAUGUUGAAAGGAUUGAUAGAUCGGAUGAUGUUGAAUUGCAAUACAGGUUUAAAUUAACGGUACGUGAAGAAUUAAAAGAUUCAACUCAAGACCGUUGGUACCAAGAAGAGUUUGAUUCCGUUAUAGUUGCAACUGGUCAUUAUCAUGUCCCAUUUAUUCCGCAUGUACCUGGUUUAAAAAAUUUACAAGAGAAGUAUCCAGACCUAGUUCAACAUGCCAAAUUUUAUAGAUCUUCAGAACCAUAUAAGGGAAAAACUGCAAUAGUUGUCGGUUCAAGAGCUUCCGGAAGUGAUUUGACGAAAUUCAUUGCAAGAGAACCAGGUACUAAGGUUUAUCAAUCAAUUAGAAAUUAUGAACGAACUAAAGUUUUAUCGUCGAAAACCAACGUUGAGUCUAAACCACCUAUUGCUUCAAUCGAGUUAUUAAAUAGUGAAUCAAAUAAACAGAAAAUAAAAGUUUUAUUUGAGGAUGGGUCAAUAGUUUAUGACCCAGAUCAUAUAAUAUAUUGCACUGGUUACUUAUUUUCAUACCCAUAUUUGAACCGAUUAUUUAACAAUUCAAUCACACAUGAGGGAAUGACUGUAUCAAAUUUAUAUCAACACACUUUCCUAGUUAAUGAGCCCUUAAUCACAAUAAUAGGAGUCCCAAUAGAUGGUAUAUCAUUUAGAGUAUUUGAAUAUCAAGCAAUUUUGUUAUCAAGAUACAUAACAGGUAAGAUUCGAUUACCUUCAAGAAAUGAACAAAUUCAGUGGGUGAACAAUAGAUACGAUGAAAAAAGUAACACAAGAUUAUAUCAUACAAUUGGAGUUGUUGAUGCUUUACCUUAUGCUCAAACUUUGGUAAGAUUAGGGCAAGUUUCACUGAAAACUAAAGUUGGUCGUGAAUUUCCGAUAAUGACGGAGGCAGAAGUACAAGAGUAUAAAGAAGCAGGUGAGAAAUUGAGAAAGUUUUGGGAUGAAAGAUAG